AUGGCUGCGUCACAGCUAGUGCUGCAGCGAUACACUGAACUGAUCAACAGGGGCGAUCUCGAUGCCGCAUUUAACUAUCUCUCUGAGGACAUCAUCUACCUCACGUGGCUUGGUGUGGUCGAAGGGAAGGAUAACGUUGUGACGUUUCUGCGGGAUAACAUGCGCUUUCUGCACUUCACGAAGAAUUUCAAUCGCUGGCGACAAGUGCAGCAUUGCCUGGACGCGGACUUGAGCCUGCACCUCGAUGGCUCAGGUGCCAGCGACUCGACGGUGCUUGACCACGAUGGAUACGACGCGCAAGGGUACGCGUGCUUCGAGCGAGAUGGCACAAUUGCAAACAUAGUGAAGCUCUCCAUGCAGAAAACGCGCGUGAAGGAGACGAUUGUGAUUCGCGACAAUAAAGUGAUUCUCGUAGUCUUGAUGCAGCAGCUAUGA